AUGGUUUUGAAUAUAUGUGUGUCAUGUGUGGCAGUUUAACCGUCAAUCUAAAAUAGUGUAUCUUUAACGUUACCUAAUACCAUUUCGGUACACAUGUAUCAUCGAAAUAAAAUUAAGAUGAUGGAGAUAUGCAUUUGCUAAAAGGUGGUCACACUGCUUUUGAGAAUAUAUCUCAGGAUUCCCCAAUUUGGAGAAACAAUGUCAAUGUCACUUUCGAUGGAAGUUUCAUUAUGUAGAUUCAUGUAGAACUCACGACAAUGAUAAAUCAGUUCUGACCAUAAAAGGUCCAUAUUGCUGACCGCGUUAGUGAAAACAUAUAUUGUCGGCGGAUGGUUAAAUAAGGAACCGGUCAAAGUGAGAGCUGUGUAAAUCGAAUAUGUAUUACGUAAACUGCAGUUCAAAUUCUAUCAAUAAUAAUAUAAAUGAACAUGUUGUGGAUCUUCGAAGUGACACUCUAACAAAGCCAACUAAGAGAAUGAGGGAAGCAAUAUUUAAUGCUGAAGUUGGUGAUGAUGUUUUCUGUGAAGAUCCAACUGUUAAAAAAUUAGAAGAAAAAGCAGCUGAAAUGGUUGGAAUGGAUGCAGCAAUAUUUGUACCUUCUGGAACUAUGAGUAAUUUAAUUGCCAUUAUGAACCACUGUAAUGUCCGAGGAAGUGAGGCAUAUUGUGGCGAUAGCAGUCAUGUUUUGCUACAUGAACAAUGUGGUGCCGCUCAACUCGCGGGAGUAAAUCUUCGAUCUUUACGGAACAAUCCUGAUGGCACGUUUAGUAUUUGCGAAUUACAAUCUAAACUCCGGAAAGAUAGAGAUCAUGAGCCAAUUUCAAAAUUAGUAAUAGUGGAGAAUACAUUUAAUGGAAAAAUUAUUCCACUAAGUUGGAUUAAAGAAUUAGUGGCUUUUUGUAAAAAACAUAACUUACAAUUACAUAUGGACGGAGCAAGAUUAUGGAACGCGAGUGUUGGAUCCGGAAAAUCUGCUAAGGAUAUCGUUGCUGGUUUCGAUUCUGUAUCUUUUUGUAUCAGCAAAAACCUAGGUGCUCCUGUAGGUUCUCUUCUUUGUGGAAGCAAAGAGUUUGUGAUUAAUGCAAGAAGAUUGCGGAAAGUACUAGGCGGUGGAAUGAGACAAGUCGGUAUUCUUGCCGCAGCUGGACUUGUGGCUUUAGAGGAAAAUAUAUCAAUUUUGAAAGAAGAUCAUAAAAGAGCUUUCUCUUUUGCUACUUCAAUUAACGAUAUCCAGUCACCGAUAUUUUCUGUUGAUUUAGAUAUGGUACACACGAAUAUUGUUUUUGUCAAAGUUGAUGCCAACGUAGUUUCAGCAAGGAAAUUUGUUAGUCGCUUACAAGAAAUUGUUAAUGACGACGACGACGACAAAAUAAUUGUUAAAUGUGCAGCUCUAAGUGAUUCAGAUGUUAGAUUUGUAUUUUACCAUGAAAUUAUGGAUUCGCAAUUAAAGUUAGCUACUCGAAAGAUAAAGUAUGUUAUUUCAGAAUUAGAUCGUUGUUACGUUAAGUGAUUUUUGAUUAUUGUUAUUGUUAUUGUUACUACUUUUAUUGUUAUCGCUAUUGUUAUUGUAUAUACG